AUGCCAACCCCAGUCUUGGGCAGGCUGCCCACCUACCUGCGGAGAGCACUCCAGCCCUUCCCCAAGGAUAGCCAGCAGCAGGGUCUCUGGUCUGUCAGGACCCUGGGGAGAACGGAGAGCAGGAAGACCAAGCCCAGGGAAGACAGUCUUGGUCUACCUGCAGCCGAGGAUGACCCCAUAGCUGACCUGGGGUGGCCCGGGCCCUCCCAGCGGCUGGGCUUUCAUGGCACGAUUCCUCACGUGGUCUGCUCUGACGACAUGGAGGAGCCAAGCCCCAGUAUGGAGGCCUGCAGCUUGCCCCUGUGGGCUGUAAGCCAGGAGGACAGGGAUGGGGACAGUUCGGUGUCAUCGGGCCGCAUUUCCGGCUCCUCUGGGGGCCAUGAAUCAUGUGCACCUCCCCGAGGGCCCUGGAGGGAGAGGCCGCCCCAGAUGCUAGGGCCCCGGCGGCAUCCCAGAAAGAGCAACCCACGGCUGGAGCAGCUAAGGGACAAGAUCCGGGCGCAGACGCAGUGGCAGGCUAGCUGCGCCUCCUUGGGCACCUCAGCACCCUCCAGUGCCUCGCGCCUCUACAAAGCUGCGUCGCUGGCACCCAGGAGCAAGACCCGCAAGGCGACAAGCUCCCUUCCAGCCCCUACAAGAUGCCCAGGCUUCAGCGACCUGCAUGCAGCUGAGCCCGGAAUGGAAGACAUAGUACUCUCUGGCCUGGGGCACGAGCUCUCCCGGGUCACCCAGCACGAGGCUUCAGCCCCCGCCACAGUGCCUGAGGACAAGGCACUGCGCACCCCCACGGUGCUGCCGAACUGGGCUGGUGGAGGGCUGGCCGUCAUGACGGUGGCCGGGCUGGCCUUGGUGAGCACCACCGGGGAGCGUGAGGAAACCCCUGGCGAUUCUGAGUUGGUUGGUGUUCACGCCUGGAGAAAAGGACAAGCCCUGGUGAGGCUGCUGCUUGGGCCCCCUCCUGCCCGCCCCAGGCUCCAGAGCAAGGCACCCUUGAGGAACUGGGCCCCCAGCGUGGAAUUAGGAGACAGCAAGAGAGCCACAGCCCCCCGGGGCUCGCCCAUCCACGCCUGGCUCCCCAGGGCUGCCUCUGCCGGCAGUGACCAGCGGCUCUCCGAGAUCACACCCAGCCUGACUUCCCACGAUCAGCCGGAGACGGUCCAAACCGCCAUGGCUAUCCUGAAAGACCUCCGGCAGCAGAUCCAGGCCGGGCUGGAAUUGGCCCGCAGCCCCAGGGACAGACCCAAGCUCAGACGCGCUAAAGCAGAGCUGCAGAGUCCAGCGGGGAGGCAGCAGCGGGACUCCCCCGGCUCCCGGGAUGUGCAGGGCUCCUUCUCCAAGAGCUCUUGGGCCAUGACAGAGGGGAAGUGCUCCUCUUUAGAGAGGCCCAGCAGUUCCUGCAUCCAGCAGCCCUGGCACACCUUAGCCAAGUGGGAGUCCUACCCACAGAGGGCCUGGGUGGCCCAAGGACGAGACCCCCGUUUCCAGAGGUCAAGAAAAAACCCCGACAAGCUGGACACUUUCUCACGGCGGCCCUGGAGCACCUCUGGUGGACAGACCUGUCAUCAGAGGGCCUGGGCGGCCUGUGAAGACUUGGAGCCCGCUGUCUCCAGACCCUGGAGCUCUCUGGAGAGGCCACACUCUGUCUCCCAACGGCCCUGGAGCAGCUCCUUUGUGCAAAGGACUGCCCCCCCCAGUAAGCUCAGAGACGCUGUCCCCCACUCUUUGGGAACCAAGCAGGCCUGGUCGAGGCCCAGCCAGGGCCACCCUCAGAACCUCUUGGGGAAGGAGCAAGAUUCAAGCUCAUCUGGGUCCUGCCCACGGCUCCGGGCGCCCCUGUGCCAGCCGCACAGCUCGGAGUCCUUACGGGACUUCAUGCGCCAGAAGGCCCAGGCCCGGCGGCAGCAGGCCCUGGAACGCAAGGCCGUGGCUACGCGCACUCUGGAGCUGAGGAACCACAGGCUGCAGGAGGUCUACCGGAAGCAGAGGGAGGCGGUGCUGGGCAAGGCCGUCCCCAUGGUCUCCCAUACCAACCCUGGCAUCGUCACCUUUGUGCCCAGUUCUGCGAGGUCCGGGGGCCUGGAAGCCCCUGGGAACCUGGCAUCUCCUGUGCUUCAGUGGAACAAGGUGACAUCUGGCAAGGUGCUGGGGGCCCAGGAGGCUCCGGGCAGCUUCUGUCUGUGUUUGAACAGAGCCUGGGACCACACUGAGACCCUGGAGACCGGAACCGGCGCCCCACUGCUGCUGUCCACUGCUUCCUCCCUGGGCCCCCUGCACCUCCAGGACCUCUCCCAGGGGCUCUGCGUCUACCUGGACCCACAAGAGGCAGACCGGCUGGGCUCCUCGGGCCCCCUGCAAUUCCAGUACAAGCAGGCCCGGCUGCAGGCCUUGGAGACCAUGGCCAACGUGCUCAAGCAGCGCAUCGACAUCCUGACCACCAAGCUGCGUGGGGCAGAGGCCUCGGACACUGCCCUGGACUGGCCACCCGUGGGCCCCAGCUCAGCACCUGCUGCCCUCACACUCACUGCCACAGCCUGCCCCAGUGCCUUGAUGCCCAACAGAGAAACAGGGACACCCCAGGACUGGGCUGGCCUGCAGGCCAAGCCCCUCAUCCCCUCCUCCUGCUUCCUUAAUGAUGACCCAGAGCUGUGGAGCCCGAGCUGGGGGACACAAAGCGUAAGCCCAAGGGCCCGCCACCAGAGCCAGCCCCAAGGUGUGGAACAGAGACUCUGGGAGCUGAAGAAGAGGCUGCAGAGAGAUUCGGAUUCCUUCAGGUCCCUUGGUGCCCCCUUAGGGAGGUCGCGCAGGGUGCCGGCACGGGACCCCACCUGCAGCUCCCUUUGUCUGGAGGACGUGCCGGUGGCCAGAGGGCCAGGCUUGGUAAUGCCCUGGAGCACCCGGAGCUGCGGUCAGCAGGAGCCUGGGGGCCUGCAUGCUGGAGACCCACAUAGCGGGCACCUGGCUGACUUGGAGCAGAAGGCCUCAAGCUUUCUUGAGUCACGGAAGCUGAACGAGCAGAAGCAGGCGCAGGGACUGGCCCUUCUGCAGCAGCAGGCAGAACAUGAAGUCUGGGAGACGCAGAUGGCCCUGGACGAGCUGCUCUUCAAACACCAGCUCAAGGGGCUGAUGGAGAAAGACUCAGCCCAGCCCAGGCCAGGGACGGCUUCAAAGCUGGAGCAGAUGCAGAUCUCUGGGGACUCAGAGCCACAGACAUUAUCUGGCCCAGCCUCGCCCUCAACCAGAGCACCCUCAACCCUGGGUGGAGAUGCCGCCCUGGGCCCCCAGGUGCCUGAGGAAGGACAAGCCAGUGGGGCAGGCCAGGAAGCUUCUGCAGAGGUGGGGAAGCCGGACCCAGCCCCCUCCCAGCUGCCUAUGACCAGGCUUUGCCCUCUGGACAGCCCUACCCACCAGGUACAGGGAGAGUGGGGCCCCUUCACCGUCGGGAUGCUGGAGCAGAGCCUGCAGGAGGAGAAGCUGUGCCCACAGCACCAGGCCGAGUUGCAGCGCCUACGCGAGAUGGCCCUCGAGGAGAAGGAGCGCGCCCAGCUGGCUUGCAUGAAGCACGAGUUAGGGUGUCUGGCUUUGAGAAAGCGGCCCCAGGCAGUGCAGAAAACCCUGUUGGAGAGGCCGCAGCGAGCCUUCAGCAGGCGUGAGAAAGAGCAGAGGGAAAUCCAGCACUUGAGGGACUUUCACCUGUCCAUGCACCAAGACAGGAAGCAGCUCGCACAGCAUCAGAAGGCCGUCCUCACAGCGCAGAGCUCUGCCACCUGCCCUCGUCAGGAGCUGCGGUCACAGACCCAGCUGCCACAGGGCCAGCGACCCUGGACUCUAGUGGCAAAACCCACCUUCCAAGCAGCAACCUUGCCUCCCUCUGUGCAGCUGGAGGAGGCACCCCCUGGGACACCUUCCCAUGCUAAUGGUCACCUGCAGCCUCCAAGGUCUGCAUGGGGAGAGGUCACGCCUGAAGCCAGCCACCCACUGGUGGAGAGUGGCAGCCAAAUGGACCAAGAGCCUGGGGAGCAGCCUCGUGUCCCCGUGCUGAACAUUCUGAGCAUCGGACGGCUGCCAGGCCCAGACUUUCCUAUGCAGGCCGCAGAGGUGGAGGGGAGCACCCCCAGAGCUCAGCCCAGGCCACAGGAAGCAAAAGAGCCACCUGCAGGAGACUCUCAGACCAAGCCAAGGAUCGCCUUAGCAGAAGAGAGUCCCCCAGCUCCAACAGACAGCCCCAGGUGGAACUUGGUGGAACAGAGUCAGCAGUCCCAGGGCGGAGAGGGCUCCUGCAGUCCCCAGGAAGCCAGAGUGGCUGAGAGCAACACAAGUCAAGAGGGGGCAGAAUUGGGGCUCACUGUGGCUGGGAGCCCUGUCGAGGAGCCCCAGGAUGUGGAGAACUGGCAGCCAGGGGAGCAGAGGGUAGAGGCCUGUUGGCAGGACCUGGGGGUCCCCUUUGCCUGGCUGGAGACUCCCCGACUGGCUGCCUUCCCAGCUCCUGCGGCCCCUCGCUCAAGCAGCCUCGCACCCCAGCUGGGAGCCCCCUUGGACCUGGACUUGGAGUCUGCCUCCGGGACCCGCUCAGGGUCUUCAGGGGCUCCCGCAUCCUCCCCCACCUCCUCCACAGGCUCUGCGAGUGACCCGUCCUGCUCCUCUCUCCAGGAAUUUCAAAAAGUUUCAGCCACCCUGGUCCAGCUCUCUGACAGCUCCCUUUCCCUGUCUGGCUUGGAAGCUGAGGUCACCCCAGACGCUGACCUCGGCCAGUCUGGGGAUCUCUCUGUUCAUGACUCCUGGGAGGAGCUCACCCCACCUUUGUCCCGGGGGCUCCACCAGGGGGACCCUCAGCCGGGUGGCAUUCCUGAGGGUGCAGGAUGCAGGUCCUGGCAGAGACAGGGGGGCCAUGGGGCUGGGUCCCUGGGUGUCUCCUCCAUGGAGGUGACCGUGGCAGGAGGCCUAGAGUCCAGGCAGAGCCUCCUGCAGGAAAGCUGGCCACUGUCCCUCCCAGACGCCCUCUAUCCAAGGUCAGGGUCAGAGCUGUCAGAAGCCUCCAACCAAAUCUGGGACGCGGACAGCAGGGAGAACCCGUGGGAAGCUGGUGUUGGUGCAGGGCCAGCCUCAGGGAGCUCCUGGCCUGUAGGUGGCUCAUCCGACCUCAAGAAAAGUGGGCAGCCUCAAGUGCCUCUUCCUCUCCUGGGCCCUAGAGAGGGACAGGAAUCUUCUGGAGCCAGCAAAAGCCUCACCCAUGGAUCGAGUAUGGGGAAAACCAAGCAGGCCUCCCCUGAGGAGACCAGCCAGGGGCUCCUAUUCCAGACCCCUUCCACCAGUGACUUAGACCCACCACUGUCCUUUCCUCUGGGGACCUCUACCUCUGGAUGGAUGUGUUUCAGCAAAGGAGGGCUGAUCCCUCCCCAGGCCCCCGCUGACUGCCAGGAGGAGCUCUGGGGUACUGCUGUGAGCCUGUCCACCCAGAGGAAACUUCCACAGACCUCGCCGGAGCCCGAGGUCCCUUUGGUCCUGCAGACUCCUGAGGUCCCCAGUGGACUGGACUCUCCAGCUGCCAGGAGCCAGGUGCCUGGGUGUCGGGGGGGUGGAGGCCCUGCUGCCCUGGAGGAGGCCGGUUCCCCAUGUGCCAUUGGCUUCUUGGCUGGGAUCCUGUCUCCAGUUGACAAGGAGCUGUCCUGUGGCAGUAGAGACCUCCUGUCCCCCACCCACAGGGAUGCCCACUUGCCCCCACCACCUCCCACCCCUGAAGCACAGAGGGCCAGGGAGGAGGCCUACCCGUGCUCAGAAGACUUCCCCUCCCCACCUGAGGAGGCCAUGUUUUCUGGGGGCUCAGAGGACCCUCUGGGGGAGGACACCUCCAUCGCCACUGAGGAUCUUUCUGAGGAGGCUCUGCCAGCAGCACUGUCCCCAGGGCCACAGGAGUUGGGGCUGUGCCUGGGGGUGCCUGGGAAGGGCGGAAGCCUCGAAGGCAAAUUGGGUGAAUCAAGUUCUGCUGUGGGAAGCCAAGCCAUGGGCAGUCAGGGGUUAGAAGCAGCCAGCUGCCCAGGGUCCCCCUUGAGUGAAGGGACAGGCAGUGCCCCUAAGGGGCUCCCAAGGCCAUUGGCACUGACCCUGAGUCCAUCCCAAGUAGCCUGUGUGGCCCAACAGGUUCUGCUGAGGCCGCUGGUGGCUAGUGACUCGGAGGUGCUGCUGGGCACUCAGUGUGGGCGCCAGGCUCCUGCUCUGGGCUUGGGGUUCUGGACUGGUGUGGCGCCUGAGGAGUCCCCGGGCCACAUGGGCAGGCCCUGGGGAGGGGUGUGGGGCACUGAGUGUGCGGAGCGUGAGCCAGGGUCAGGGACCCUCUUGGGAGGCCUGGAUGGGCCCCUAUCCAGAAGGACAGCCACACCCCCAACACCCUGGUCUGCAGUCCCAGCAGCCUCUCCCCCAGGCCCAGUGCCCUUGCUGGCCAGUGUCGGCGAAGAGGGGAAGGGAGGCCUGAGCUGCCAGGCAGAGGACCACCCUGGGGCCGAGGACUCAGUGGGUACAGAGCAGCUCCCUGGGGGACACUCCACCCUGGUCCUUGACUCAGGGCCCUGUGCUGAUCUCCCAGGCUUGGAGAAAAGCGAGGGAGCCCAGGCUGUGGACUUGGUGUCCACCCAGCUCACCAGGAGCAUCCUGUGCGACUCGCUGGCUGUGCUGUCGGGGCUCAUCCCCCAGGGCAGUCCCUAG